CAGAUGGGCGCACUGCUCAUGUUGAGGUGCGAUGUCAACUUGCACACUGACAUCUUGGACACCCCUGACAUCUUCUGGGACGAGGAGAGGUUCGAGAAGAUCUACGUGGCAUGCAGAACCUACUUGGACAUCGACAAGCGUGUAGACAUCCUGAAUCAGCGGUUAGUUGUCCUGAAGGACUUGUAUGACCUGCUUCAGAAUAGCUUGAACGUGAGCCACGAGACGCGGCUCGAGUGGAUCGUGAUUAUAUUGAUCUUGGUGGAG